GGCGGGGUCACGUGCGGAGGGCGCGCGCGGGUCACAUGACGGCGGCGGCGGAGGCGCGCGCGGAGGCUGGCGGCGGCAGGACGGGACACGGAGGGGCGCCAUGAGCUUUCUAGGAGGCUUUUUCGGGCCCAUCUGUGAGAUUGAUGUCGUCCUUAACGAUGGGGAGACCCGGAAGAUGGCGGAAAUCAAAACGGAAGAGGGCAAAGUCGAAAAACAUUACCUCUUUUACGACGGCGAAUCCGUUUCGGGAAAGGUGAACUUAGCCUUUAAGCAAGCCGGAAAGAGGCUAGAGCACCAAGGAAUUAGAAUUGAAUUUGUUGGUCAAAUCGAGCUCUUCAGUGAUAAGAGUAACACCCACGAGUUUGUAAACCUAGUGAAAGAACUGGCCUUGCCUGGAGAACUGACCCAGAGCAGAAGCUAUGACUUUGAGUUUAUGCAAGUGGAAAAGCCGUACGAGUCUUUCAUCGGAGCCAAUGUCCGACUAAGGUAUUUUCUUAAAGUGACAAUAGUAAGAAGACUAUCAGACUUGGUAAAAGAAUACGAUCUUAUUGUUCACCAGCUUGCUACCUAUCCUGAUGUUAACAACUCUAUCAAGAUGGAAGUGGGCAUUGAGGACUGUCUGCACAUAGAAUUUGAAUAUAAUAAAUCCAAGUAUCACUUAAAGGAUGUGAUUGUGGGAAAAAUUUACUUCUUAUUAGUAAGAAUAAAAAUCCAGCAUAUGGAGCUACAGCUGAUCAAAAAAGAGAUCACUGGCAUCGGCCCCAGUACUACCACGGAGACCGAAACGAUCGCGAAGUACGAAAUAAUGGAUGGCGCACCAGUCAAAGGGGAGUCGAUUCCCAUAAGACUGUUUUUGGCAGGGUACGACCCAACUCCGACGAUGCGAGACGUGAACAAGAAAUUUUCAGUGAGAUACUUUUUGAACCUAGUCCUUGUCGACGAGGAAGACAGACGGUACUUCAAGCAACAGGAGAUUAUUCUGUGGAGAAAAGCCCCUGAAAAACUAAGGAAGCAAAGAACAAACUUUCACCAGCGCUUCGAGUCGCCAGAGCCACAGGCCUCCGCCGAGCAGCCCGAAAUGUGAAUCGAAGGAGGAAGAGAAAACCCUCGCGAGGAUUCAGUAGGUUAAAGAUGUUUGCAGCCUGGAGGGAGAAAGAGGCCAAAAUACCGUUUGUAAUUGUCUUCCUUUAUCUUACAGUGCUGCAGUUAUUUUUACCAUACUACUAAACAUUCUUCAAGUCUGUACAUACAUUUACAAAACAAAGUGCUUUCUCAGAAACACUGGAACUUUCGUAAGCUACCGUUUUAUACUGCACACUUUAAUUUGAUGACAUGCACUCGGAGGCCCAAGCUUAAUCCUUAGUUAAGUGUUUCCACGUGGGUAGGCUGGUAUUUAUGAUUUUUGCUUUCUUAGAAUAUAGAUUAGAGAGCUUCUCCCUUGACUCUUCUGUCCUUGAUUGCCUCACGUCUGCAAACACAGCGCAUCUGCAUCCAGAUUGUAGUAGAAAAGUUGGAAUCGGACCUCCAAUUCCCUGCCGACCUGGGGAUUUGCAGCAUCAGACGUUUAACCCUUAUUGAGUUCUUUUAGAAAGCCUUACAGGGGAUGGAGAAACGGCUUCCGUCUGUUUAAAUGCCCCCGAGUCUCCCAUUCCGUGGCUUCCCGGGCUUCCUGUAACCAUCUUUCAGGAGGGUGAAUAUUUCCUAAAAAACUUUUUAAAGAAAAGGCGUGUUAGGGAACCACCACCAAUCUCUUCUAGUUAACUUUCCGUUCGAAGUGCACCUUCACCUGCCAGGAGCCACUUCCCCUGAUUUUCCUGGAGCCCUCCUGCAGCGGGGGAAUAGAUCUGGAGAGAUUAGCAAUUUCGAGUCUCUUGUAGUCAUGAGGGCUUUUUUUUUUCCCCCUAAUCAGAUACAUUAAGAUAAAAUUGCCCCGUAGAAUAGCUUUUUUUCUUUUCCCCCCAAUCUUCAAAUUCAUAGACAGGUCCUCUUGACUUCUCCGGGUGAAACUGUAGGGUGGGAGGCCCCCUCUGUCAUCCAGAUCUAGAUAAACCCUGCUUUUUGCCAAACCGGGAAUUUUAAAAUUCCCAACUUAAAAAAUUUCACAGCCGCAUUAAUCACACGGGUCGCCUUUGAUUUUUUUUUUUUUUUUUUUUUUUGGCCGUCUUUAAAGUCGUCGGUCGAAAAACUCUAAAGAAAAAGGUUGCAGUUCAGCGCUCGUAAAAGCACGGGGCUCCGUUCUCAGAUGCCCUGUAUAUGGUGGAGACGGACUGCGCGGAAAUUACUUGCACUCGUGAUUCCGUUUGUGCACUGAGACUUUUUAUAUAAACGUCAGUGCGCGUCUCGUCAGUCACCUUACUUUAUGAGUAAGCUUAAACUAAAUUUACAUUUUUCUUUAAGAACCGUGGCACUUUUGAUAAAGGCGUAAGCAACCUACUGUUCUUUCCCGGCAAAACGUUCUAUAUACAGUGGCCCGGAAUACCUACUUUACACGUGGAUUUCUCGGAGGAAAAAGAAAAAAAAAAUUCAACUUCCCUUCUCAUGUAAGUGCCUGUUGAGAAUUAAGAAAAAAAAUCCACAAAUCCCCUCCAUCCCUUUAAAUGCCAAAUAUUUUCACGGUCACUUACGUAUUGUAAUCUAGAAAUCAUUCCAAGAGAUUUUGAAAAUGAAUUGUAUUUAACCAGCCUCAAAUUGCGCGCCCAUGUAUAAAAAUGAUUUGAAACAGAUAUCGAGCUGCUAUUUGAAUGAUUAAAAAGAAAAAAGCUGUAUUCUC